CGUUGGUUUCGAUGCUUUACAGAAAACAUCACUGUAUGCUCAAAACUGUUUGUUGUUUAUAUCGGCAACAAAUUCUGUCGUAUUUAUGAAUUUAAAAGAAAUAUUACGAAAUGAUGUCUGCAAUAUUGUCGUAUUUGUUUUAUACAGGUGAAGUGAUGGAGUGAUUGGUUUUAUUCCUUUCUGGGUUUUUUUUUUUUUUUUUUUUUAAUAAUGGCUUGAUUGGAUUCAGGUCUGAUGACGUUACUACUCUGAAGGUCUUUGCUCGUUGCUGUAACCUCAUUUACACCUAGUUCUUCAUCUAAGCUUGACAUGGAGUUCCCAGGUCACAGUCAGCAGCUCUUGGCCAGUCUACGUUCUCAGCGUCUACAGGGAUUCCUGUGUGACUGCACCGUCAGAGUUGGCGCCACUCGCUUUCUGGCUCACCGUGCUGUGCUAGCGUCCUGCUCACCGUUCUUCCACAUGUUCUACUCUGAACACCCAGUAGGCAGCACGUCUACUGUAAACGGAGGACCAGAGACGGACACCGUCACCAUUAAUGGAGACAUAGUGACCCCUCCGGCAUUUGGGUUGCUCCUUGAUUUCAUGUACGAGGGAGUACUACAGUUGGCGGCACAUCCCCCUCCGGAAGACGUUCUUGCCGCAGCCAGUUUCUUGCACAUGAACGAUGUGGUCCGAGUCUGUAAGAAAAGACUGCAGGGUCGUGGACUGGCUGAGGCUGACAGCACCAGGGAAGAAGAGGGAGGAAGUGAAAUGGGAGGAGAUGGAACUAUGUUUACUGGGUCAUCUAGGGAAGGAAUGUUGAAUGGCCGAAGAGAAACGAUGGAAAGUAGACAAGGAGCUGUCAGGGUGUCUGCAUCAAAUCCAACCUCGUCUCCCUCGGUAACACAAUGUCCUCAGCCAAGCCAGCAAUCAGCGGUUCAUAUUGACACUAAAGCAGAAACAAAUGUGGGAGUUCCUAAUUGCAUCACACACAGCAUAAAUCUGGGAAGUCCAGACAUGGCAGACACUACUCAACCAGGAAUGGACUCUCUUACAGCAGUAAAUGAUUCUGCGCCAGGCUUGUACAGUUCUUCUCCUGGACCUGCUAGAGCUGGAAUGUCAGCAGCUGGUAAUAUGGAAUCUACACUUUCGAGUCCUUGCAGCACGACAGAACCAGUUCAAGCAGGAACAGAAAUUUUGCCUAGUGCACCCACAGUUAUGGUUUUGGUUCCUGUGGAACACAGCCAAAAGAGAGACCAGUCAGAUAUGUCCAUGUCAAAAGAAAUAAGCAAUGUGUUUACAGUUGCUACUCAUCAUCCUGCACAAACAAAAAAAACGACAUCAAGGCAACGCAAUGGACCGAGUGCAACUGAUGAUGUGAGACACACUGCCAGAGCAUUAAAUGAACAGCCACGGUCACGGUCGUGCUCUCCCAUGCCUUUGAAUUCAGCAGGUAGAGGAGAUGGAACAGAAGAGAUGGCCAAAGUAAAAGUGGAGGCCAUUGUGAUCUCAGAUGAAGAGCCAGAAGACAUGGAUGAGGAACCUGUUAGGGCCAGGGAGCAUAGGAGAGAUGCUAAUUUAGAAGAAAGGGAGAAUUAUGAGAGCACUAAUGACGUUGAGAUUACUAACGCUCACUUCAUACCUCCCCACUCAUUAAUGCAACUCUCGCACAAUCACCAAGAGCCAAUUUCUUUUCCCUUUUCACCACAGGCUUCUAGUGCUUCCUCUUCUGACACACCCAGCUUCCAAACUACACUUUUCACGGCAGCUUCACAGCAAUCAGACCAACAGACUGUCUACUUUGAGGAAUAUCACGAUUCUCUUGGGAAUUAUGUGGAAGAUGUGCCUACAUGUGCCACUUGUGGAAAAACAUUUUCUUGUGCCUAUACACUGAGAAGGCACGCCAUAGUGCACACACGGGAGCGUCCUUAUGAAUGCCGUUACUGUUACCGGAGUUACACACAGUCUGGGGACCUGUACAGGCACAUAAGGAAGGCGCAUGAUCAUGAUUUGCCAAUGAAGCGCAACAGAACAGAAUCUGACCCUCCCCCAUCCCCACCUCUUCCUCAACCACCUCAGACAUAACAAGAUGCAUGCUCAGUCAUACUGUACAGAGUAUCAAAGCUAUCCUGAAGUAAAAAAAAAAUCAUCCAUGUUAGAUUUUUCUUUUUUAAACAGGUUGUGUGGACCAACUUUGCAAUGGACUGUUAUUGUGCGCUUUCGGAGUCAGAAAGUGAGCAUUUAACCUUAACCUAUUAUGGUAUUACAUUGUGACGAUAAACAAAAUGUCCCAUUCAUGACAUUGUUCACUCUUAUAACACAUCAUUUUAAACAGUUGAGCUUCAUUAAUACAAACUGUUGUGUUUAAAUACAGAUUUUUCUGAAGGUAUUGGAACAGAAGAGCAGUUCUAUUGUUUUUGAUAAACACAUUUCGGUUUGAGAUCAAAAGUUGAAACAGUAGAACACAAUUCUUUUAUUUCCUGAUAUUUACAUCUAGAUGUGUUCAAAUAUGGCACCUUUAGUUUGAACUCAAGUGGUCAAAAUUAUUGGAACAGUGUUUCUUGUUGCCUAGGUGUGCCCUAUUAGACUGAAUGUCUAAUCUUGAUUUGAGGCCUGUGUUUUUAAUAUAAAAGCUUAAUUUAUUGUUAAAAAAAAAAAAAGAUAAACCAAUGUGAAAACCAGAGAACAUUCUAAGAAAAAUCUAAAAAAAAUAAAAAGCCAGCAUAUUUGAAGCUGAGAAAAGAGGGAGGCAAAUACAACCAUUUGUUGCAACAAAAUGUCCUAAAAUGUUUCUCUUGGUCUACUAACAAGUGGAUAUAGAACAGGUCACACAAGACAAACAGCAGUUGAUAGAGUGGUUGGGAACUAUGAACUAUGAAGAAAAGCCCAAAACAACUGACAUUACAAAGAAAUUUUCUUGGGCUGGUCUGUGGGCAUCUGCAUCCACUGUUCAACUGUGACUGUGAGAGCAGAAAAAAAGAGGCCACACCACAAGAUGCACAUUCACAUAUAUUUUGUAUGGCUGCAUAUGUGACAGAUAAAAUUUUAAAUUUAUACACUAGCAGUGAAAAGCAGAAUUGAGAAAGAAACACAAAGAUGUGUCUCACAGAUACAGGAAUCAAGAUUAACCUAAACCAAGGUAACAGAAAUGCCAACGUGCAGAGAAAGAAAAGCUCUGCUCAUGAUCCAAAACCUACAAGCUCAUCAGUCAAGCACAGUGGAUGUAUUUUUACUGGCUUGGGCUUGCAUGGCUGCUUCUGGAACAAGCUCACUAACCUUUAAUCAAUGGCAUAAUUCAUGACGGUGGCAGUACAAUGGAUUGAGAAGUCUACAGAAACAUUCUGUCUGCCAAUUUAGAGAGAAAUGCUUCCAAUCUAAUUAGGGGGAACUUCAUAAUGUAGCAAAACAAUGACCUAAGCCACAGUCCCAACACAACAAAGGACAAAAGUGGAAGGUUUUAAACCGGCCUAGUCGAUCACCUUAACCUAAUUAAGCAGCAUUUCACCUCUUGAAGCGAAAACUGAAGGGGGCUGUGGUGCAAACCAGGAACUACUUUACAAAAGAAGAAUAGUAAUGCCAUAUUUUAGAAUAAAUAUGGUUAUGCAACCAAAUAUUAAGCGUACUUUUGCUUAAGACUGCUUUUUGCUAUACAUUUGCUUACCUACAAUUCGGAUGGUCAGAAACCAAAUGGGUCAUGUUCUAAGUUUAACACAUCUAGAUGUAAAAAUCAGGAAAUGGAAGCUAAAAUUGUCAUCUCACAUUCAUCUUUUGAUCUCAAAUCCAAAUGUCUUCAGUGUCCUUGUUGUUCCAGAAAGAAGUAUAGGAUUAAAACUUGCGUUAAGGAAUGUAGUUGACUCAAUUCAACUAGCAUUUUGUCCGUUACUGCUGACAAGUACUGUUAGUUUACUAAAUUUGACCAUCCAAACCUGCAGCAGUGUACAAAGUUACUUUCUUUGUAUGCUAAUAUAUUUGUCUAUUAAAAUGGAUUCUGAUGAAUUUAGAAAUUAUGUAUUUUUAGGCAAAUUUUAUUUUAUGGUUACAGACAUCAUCCUGUCCUCUAUUUUUAAAACCCUUUUGUUAAGAACAUUAUUUUGGGGCAAGCAGUGUUCUCUGGAUGGGGAGAAGCUUUUAUCCCUGCAUGCUUUUAAGAAGCACCAGCUAAAUCCAUCUACCUAGACAGCCUCCUCUCACAUUGAAGUAGGCAAUACACCUGUUUAAAAGAUCACAUUAAUACUAUAGCUGUUGAAUGUCACUGUGUCUUAUUCAUCAUUUGUCAUCAUGUUCAGUAACUGCUUUAUGCUGGUAAGGGUAGCAGCGGACGUUCUGGGAGUAAUGGACGAGAAGUGGAAAUGUAAGCUGGAUAGAACGCCGGGGUCACCACAGAGCCUGCUGUACAUCAAACACAUAAGCUUCUUGCUAGUCUGCAUGAAACCCGUUCUGUCUAAUGCAAAACAUGCAAAAUAAUUCAUCCACCCACUUGCUUCCCCCCCCCCCCCUUUUUUUUUUUUUUUACACAAUUUCCUCAUACAAGACAAUACUUAAAGGUACAGUACAACUGUUAAAUGCUUAUUAGUUCUGGUUAUAUUUAUUCAUUUUGUGAAAGCACGAUUAAAUUAAUGUAAUAUUCAUAAUUACAAAUAAUGUUUUUUGCAAACAAAGUGUGGUAAAUAUAUACAGUAUAUAUACUAUUUUUGUCACAAACCUGUAGCAUUGUUUGUUGUGGGUCUCUGCCUUCUCAAUACCAGAAUGUGAGCAUCCUGGAUAGCUCAAAAUGAGGAAGGCACUCUAAAGAAGCUACACACAUGAAAGAAAUUAUCAUCUAAGAAAUGAUACCAGAAAUGUAUAAAUAUUAGAUUAACAUUAUCUUUAUAAUCAGUGUGAACUAAACAGGAAAUGUGAUCAAAUAAGCGCCUUCACUUGCAAGAGAAAGUUUGUCUUUUUAACCAAUUUUUAAUUUCUUGCUAAAACAUUACAUUUCACCAUACGUUAAACCAAUAACCUCUAUUGGUUUUCCUCAAUAGAGCCACCAUCAUACAUGUGAGCUUUCUCUCACCUUGUGUGUUUUAGAAUCAUUUACGUGAUGAAAUAGUAUAUCAGCACUCCCAAGACCAACAUAUCUUGGCUGCUCCAUGUUCCAGGUUAUGAGUGUGUUAAUCAUUUAUACAGUCCCUGCAAACAAAAUCCUGCAACAGCAUGUCUUACAUCCGGCUCUUUUGAUAAACAGGUUUUUAAAAAUGUUUCAUGCAGUAGUUUGUUCUGAACUGUGUCGUUUUGAAGUUAUUCAGAUCCAAAACUGGGUCAUCAUGUUAAUUAAUUAAAGCCAGUAGAUUUACACUAAAUUCAUGAUGUAAAUGUUGUUUCAUGUCAAUAAUGUGAAUAAACCUUUUACUAAU